AUGGGCAAAAAGACAUCUCGUCCUGCGACAAAGGCCGCGUCGGCCGCAUCGCCGGCGUCGGGCCUUUCGCACGCUAGCAAAUCAUCGAUCCUCCGAGCUGCAUUUUCCCCAUCCGAGUACCAAUUGGCCCUGUUCGCAUCCGUUAUCCAGGGUCUCGAUGCGCAACACCUCCGCAUCCACGAUACCAACACCGGCCGACUACAGUGUGAGCAUGCGCUGAGCCCGAAGGAGACAAUCACCUCGCUCGAUUGGGGAUACUAUGGUGGCCAAGGAAAGAGCCGUGACCAGUCCAAGAAGAAGCGUAAGCGUGGAUCUGAUGUCAAUGGCCUAGACCAGGGAGAUGUGGUUGUCGCGUUUGGUACCAGCACCUCGGAUAUCCGCAUGUACUCGCCUUCGGAAGAUAAGGUCGUCGGCACCCUGACUGGCGCGCACGACAAGGGUAUCAAGGACUUCAAGUUCACGGCUGGCAAGCCCGCCCAAGAAGCCUGGAGUAUUGGUGGUGAUAACAAGCUUGUGCAGUGGGAUCUGCGCACUGGUCAAAGCAUAAGAACUAUUCACCUACUCGCAUCUUCCGUCUUUACUGCCCUCUCCCGUCCUGUUCCUUCCAACCCGCCCGUCAUCUGCGCAUCCCAAACUCCAUUCUUGGUCGACGUGGAGAACUCCGAUGAGCCCGCCAAGUUUCCGGCGAUGCGCAACCAGAUUCACACAGUCAUUUCGUCCUCGCAAGAGUCCGCCGGCACGGGCGCAUUCCUCGCCUCCGACGGUGACCGAUUUAUCAACGUCUUCGAUGCCUCGACCCAGAAGCUUGUGCGGAAUCUUGUGGCCGAUCAGGAGGUCACUUCGCUUUCACUGCACGCGAGCAAGGCCGCUCUCGAGAAGCAGAUUUUGGCUGUUGUGACCGAGGACGGUUCCAUCGAGCUUUUCACAAAACCUUUCGUUCAGGCGCAGAAUGCGCAGUCCGGUAGCGCCAAGGCUAACCGGAAACAAAUGACCCAAAAGGCCAACGCCACCCUCAAGAUUAUCCGUUCCGAUUCCUCAGAUGCAUGCGUACCCGUAGUAUCAACCUUGUUCAACGGCAACGAGAUUGUGGUUGCCUACGCCGAGGGCGGCGUCAUUCCCGUUUUUGAGCGCGUGAAGAUCCUCGACGAGAGCACCGAUGAGCUUGCGUUCACAGGAACAAAGGCUGUCGUGAAGAGCAAGUCGAGCUCGGCCGUUGCAUCAGUCACCACAAAUGGCACCAAGAACGCUGGCGAGAGCCGUGUUGAUGAGUCGCACAUGGCCGUGGAGCAAGGUAACUUGAUGGAUGAGGAUGUUGAGAUGGGCGAGUCGCGCGAGGAUGGCGCGGACGAUGUGUCCGGUAGCGAGGACUCUGAUAACGGCGAUGAGGUCAAGCCUACCCCCGCCGAGAAGAAGUCGAAGGCUCCCAAGAAGGCCGAGCCCGAGUCGGAUGUCGAAAUGAACAACGCCGAAGCGGACGACGAAAAGGAGGACGAAGAGGCUGGCGCCGAGCCCUCAUUUGGCGAGCUCAUGCGUGCCAAUGCUGGGCAAGAAGUUGAUGUUGAGGCCGAGCUGGACGACGAAGUUCUUCCUGGUGCAUUGAUUCCUGGCAAGCCCACAGCUGCCGUUCAACAGAUCCCCACUGGCGUGUCAUUGUCGACCGUCCUUACGCAGUCCCUCAAAACCAACGAUGGCGCCAUGCUCGAGUCUUGCUUCCACACCGCCGACACCUCCAUAAUCCGCACAACUAUCCAGCGUCUCGAGUCUUCCCUCGCCGCUACUCUGCUCCAGAAACUCGCUGAGCGCCUCUCUGCCCGUCCCGGUCGUUAUGGUCACCUGCUUGUUUGGGUCCAGUGGACCUGCGUUGCCCACGGCGGUGCUCUGGCCGGCCAGCCGGAGCUCCUGAAGCGCAUGGCUACCCUGUACAAGGUCAUGGACCAACGGUCAUCUAGCCUUCCCUCCCUGCUGCUUCUCAAGGGUAAGCUCGAUAUGCUCGAUGCCCAGCUCGGCUUGCGGCAAUCUAUCCGAGGUGGAGACGAGGGUAUGGACAGUGAAGAUGAGGAGAACCUCAUCUACGUCGAGGGUCAUGAUGAUGAGGAUAGUGAGACUGAGGCUAAGCCCCGGACAAAGUCUAUCCGCGAUUCGGCCUUCGACGAAGAGGAUGAGUCGAUGAUGAACGGCAUUGAUGAGUCUGAAGAUGAUGAGGAUGAUGGAAGUGAGGAUGACGAUGACGAGGAAGAUGACAUCCUCGACGUCGAGGCCGAGGAAUCGGCCGGCUCCUCUGAUGCUGAGGAGUCGCUCGAGGAGAACGAGGAUGAUGACGACGAGGAGAGCGAGGGCUCUAUGGUUGAUUUCAUUGCCGAUACCGAAGACGAGGGAUCCGAUGAUGCCGUUGAGCAGGUCCCGCCGCCAUCGAAGAAGGCGAAGACGGGUGGAAAGAAGAAGGGCGGUAAGAAAUGA